AUGGGUCCUGCACAGACACCCGGGGAAUCUCUUGACAAUCCCAACAAGAUUCGUGAGCACCAUAUGUCAUUCUAUCACAGUAUUGCCCGAGACGGCACCCAUGUUUUCCGCAGUGCUGAGGGAAAGUAUCUCCUUCUCAACGGUAACAAUGGCGUCGAAGUUCAGGACUCAGUUCCUGCUGCUUUUCAGGAAAAAGGCACUGCCAUUUCGUGUAUUUUAGGAACGAUUCAACUCAAAUUGAACAAGUAUGUGAUCAUCGUGACCAAGCACACUAUCACCGGAAGUGUCAUGGGCAAAGAAAUCGCCAAAGUGGACGAGUACAAGAUCUUACCUUUGGGCCAACAUACAAGAAAAAGCAGUGAGGAGUCCAGCUACUUGGACCUUCUCCACCUCCAUUUGAACAAUGCCACGUUGUACUUUUCGCCUGGAAACAAGUACGAUGUCACCAACUCGCUUCAAAACCAGUAUACCAGGCGUCCUUCUUAUGACCUUCGUUUCUGGUGGAACCACUAUAUCAGUCAGGAUCUUAUCGAAAAUGGGGCCGAGGCAUUCGUUACUCCUGUGAUCUACGGAUACUUCAAGUCCCACUCGGCGUCCUUCAACGGCGGCCAGCCAUUGGAAUUUGCUUUGUUAACUCGUCGUGCUACCCAGCGUGCUGGUACAAGAUAUUUGCGUAGAGGUAUCGAUGAGGACGGUAAUGUUGCCAACUUUAACGAGACAGAGCAGAUAUUUACUGCCAGCAACGGCCAGAUUUACUCCUUCUUGCAAACUAGAGGCUCGGUUCCUGUCUAUUGGUCGCAGAUCAACAACCUCAAGUAUCGAC